AUGAAGUCAAUCCCUGUUUUGGUGUUACUACUGGUGUCCAGUUUCGACCUGCUCAAUGCUCAGACAUUGUCGAGAACUCCUGUUCUUGCCAUUGAAGGUGGCACUACAACAGCUUGUGUCACAUAUACCAGUGCUCCUGAAUCAGUAACUGAAGUAGUGCUGUCUACGCUGGAUGGGGGCAGGGCUGCCGGUGCAGUAGGUACCACUACAGGUGGUAGCGACUUCACGUCUCUUGUCGAGACCCUCACCUUCGGCCUAGGCAUGGAGCUGGAGCAGUGUAGAGACAUUCAAACUCUUGCUGACGGGGCUCUGGAAGGGAUUGAAAUAUUCAGAAUAAAAGCUGUUUUUAGCGGAACAACAACAGACGUAAACGGGUCUCCCCAGACAGCUGUUAUUGAAAAUGUUGGCAGUAUAACAGUUGGAUUUGGCGAGACUAGCUAUCAGUUCCCCGAGGAUCAGAGUGGCCAAGCCUGUGUCGUGAUCGAAGGAAAUGGUUCCAUAGAAGGACUUUUGUUUGUAACACUCACAAUCACUCUUACUGACGAAACAGCCACAGAGGCUGACAGCGAUUUUAACCCAUCUGCACUGUCAAUGUUUAACAUUGUUCUUGACCAGAAUACUCCCGCGAGUGGCAGGUGCUUUUCCGUGCCUAUCACUCCAGAUCAGAGUGUGGAAUCAGAUGAAACGUUUCUAAUGACCAUCAACAGUAACAGUGACGGACAAUCUCAGCUUAGUCCUACCAACAGUCAAGCAGUAGUUACAAUCACUAACGAUGACGCUGUCUGUAGUGAUCCCCCUGCAUUAACUGAAGGACUGUUCUUGCUCAGCACUGCUGGGGAGGUGCCCUCAAGACGUGGGGAUACUGCUAUGUAUGGUUGCAGUUCAGGUUACGAGCUGAUUGGAGAUAGUCUAUUAACCUGCGAGCUAGGAGAUGUAUGGUCCCCAGCAAGCCCAGGCACCUGUCAAGCCACUUUAGUACCCUCACUACGCUCGGGAUACUAA